GCUCGGUCUGGGGCGGGCAGCUCCCUUCGCCGGCGAGCGCGGGCUCCUUCUCUCGUGGCCUCGCCUCGUCGUGCCCGGCCUGCCAGCCUCCGGAACCGCCUCUGCCCACGGAUGGGCUGGGGAAGUUGGGAGGAGCGAGCCGGAGCCCGCGCCGGGCGCGACCCGCCGCUGCCUGACUCGGCGCCCGCCGUUCGGGCGCAGCGCGCCAGCCGCAGGAGCGCGGAUGUCCCGGAGCCGCGGGCUGGCAGGUCUUGGGUCCUGAGGCCGCCGGCAGACUAUGGGUACAACGGCCAGCACAGCCCAGCAGACGGUCUCAGCCAGCGCCCCCUUUGAGGGCCUCCAGAACGGCGGCACGAUGGACGGUCGGCACUCACUCAGUGUCCACUCCUUCCAGACCACGGGCUUGCACAACAGUAAGGCCAAGUCCAUCAUCCCCAACAAGGUGGCCCCCGUCGUGAUCACGUACAACUGCAAGGAGGAGUUCCAGAUCCACGAUGAACUGCUCAAAGCCCAUUACACGCUGGGCCGGCUCUCAGAUGCCACCCCAGAGCACUACCUGGUGCAGGGCCGCUACUUCCUGGUGCGGGAUGUUGCAGAGAAGAUGGAUGUGCUGGGCACUCUGCAGAGCUGUGGGGCCCCCAACUUCCGGCAGGUGCGGGGCGGGUUCACUGUGUUCGGCAUGGGGCAGCCCAGCCUCUCAGGAUUCAGGCGGGUUCUUCAGAAACUCCAGAAGGACGGACACAGGGAGUGCGUCAUCUUCUGUGUGCGGGAGGAGCCCGUGCUGUUUCUGCGUGCUGAUGAGGACUUCGUGCCCUACACGCCUCGAGACAAGCAGAGUCUUCACGAGAACCUCCAGGGCCUCGGACCUGGGGUCCAGGUGGAGCGCUUGGAGCUGGCCAUCCGGAAGGAGAUCCACGACUUUGCCCAGCUGAGCGAGAACAAGUAUUACGUGUACCACAACACUGAAGACCUGCGGGGGGAGCCCCACGCCGUGGCCGUCAGGGGCGAGGACGAUGUGCACGUGACCAAGGAGGUGUACAAGCGGCCCCUCUUCCUGCGGCCCACCUACAGGUACCACCGUCUCCCCCUGCCAGAGCAAGGGGCCCCCCUGGAAGCCCAGUUUGAUGCCUUUGUCAGUGUCCUCCGGGAGACCCCCAGCCUGCUGCUGCUCCGAGAUGCCCACGGGCCUCCCCCUGCUCUCCUCUUCAGCUGCCAGACGGGCGUGGGCAGGACCAACCUCGGCAUGGUUCUGGGCACCCUCAUCCUGCUUCACCACAGUGGGACUGCCUCGAGGCCGGAGGCUGCCCCUACGAAGACCAAGCCACUGCCCAUGGAGCAGCUCCAGGUGGUCCAGAGCUUUCUCCACAUGGUGCCCCAGGGGAGGAGGAUGGUGGAGGAGGUGGACAGAGCCAUCACCGCUGUGCAGAGUUGCACGACCUGAGAGGAAGUACUCUUGGAAAACCAGAGGGAGCUGGAAGGCAGCCCGCCAGAGACCCCAGCUCAGGAAAGCGGCAGCCAGCGCGGUGUCCGGCAGAGGGCGCUGUGGAGCCUGGAGCGAUACUUCUACCUGGUCCUGUUUAACUACUAUCUCCAUGAGCAGUACCCGCUGGCUUUUGCCCUCAGUUUCAGCCGCUGGCUGUGUGCCCGUCCUGAACUGUACCACCUGCCUGUGACACUAAGCUCAGCGGGGCCUGUGGCCCCUCGGGACCUCAUCACACUGGGGACAGAUGACCUCGUCUCCCCGGACGCACUCAGCACCGUCAGAGAGAUGGGUGUGGCCAACUUUCGGCGGGUGCCCCGUUUGCCCAUCUACGGCACGGCCCAGCCCAGUGCCAAGGCCCUGGGGAGUAUCCUGGCCUACCUGACCGACAACAAGAGGAAGCUGCAGCAGGUCGUGUGGGUCAACCUGAGAGAGGAGGCCGUGCUGGAGUGUGACGGGCGCACCCACAGCCUGCGGUGGCCUGGGCCCCCCACGGCCCCUAGCCAGGUGGAGAACCUGGAGACCCAGCUGCGGGCCCACCUGAGCAUGCCUCCCGCAGGCACCCAGGGCCCCACGACCCACAGGUUCCAGACGUGCCUCACGACACAGGAGGGUCUUCAGCCAGCACCGCGGGGCCUGCCCGGCCUCACCUACCACCGCAUCCCCAUGCCAGACUUCUGCGCCCCCGCGAGGAGGUGAGGGGGCUGGGCUGAUUUUGACCGGCUGCUGGGGACCCUGCAGGCUGCGCUCGCCAAGGACCCGGGUACCGGCUUCGUGUUCAGCUGCCUCAGCGGCCAGGGCCGGACAACGACCGCCAUGGUGGUGGCUGUGCUUGCCUUCUGGCACAUCCGAGGCUUCCCCGAGGUGGGCGAGGAGGAGCUCGUGAGCGUGCCUGAUGCCAAGUUCACCAAGGGCGAGUUUGAGGUGGUGAUGAAGGUGGUGCAGCUGCUGCCUGACGGGCACCGCGUGAAGAAGGAGGUGGACGCGGCGCUGGACACGGUCAGUGAGACCAUGACGCCCAUGCACUACCACCUGCGGGAGAUCAUCAUCUGCACCUACCGCCAGGCGAAAGCGGCCAAGUCAGAGCGGGAGGCCCGGAGGCUGCAGCUGCGGAGCCUGCAGUACCUGGAACGCUACAUCUGCCUGGUGCUCUUCAACGCGUACCUCCACCUGGAGAAGGCCGGCUCCUGGCAGAGGCCCUUCAGCGCCUGGAUGCGGGAGGUGGCAGCAAAGGCCGGCAUCUACGAGAUCCUCAACCAGCUGGGCUUCCCCGAGCUUGAGAGCGUGGAGGACCAGCCCUUCUCGAGGCUGCGCUGCCGGUGGCAGGAGCAGAGCCACAGCCCCGAGCCCUCCGCUGCGGGGGACUUCCUGUAGGACGCGCUCCCCCUGCCCCUGCUACCGCCGCCUCCCGCGGGGCCACCUCCUACCCUCGCAGGCUGGGGGUGCCGGUGCUCUUCACUGACAGUGGCCCUGAGGAAUGAUUCCUCAGCUUAGCAGAGAGACUGGCAUGGGUGGGGACCCCUUUUCUGAAAGAGUUUUUAUCGGACAAUUGGCGCACAGUGAUACCUUGUGAAUGGCAGGUGCGGGGAGGGCCCGCAGGAAGGCCGGUGUGGCAUCACGUCUCCAAGGAGCUCACUCCCCAAGUUGCCAAGCGAAACCCCUCGCCGCUUCGCCCUCCCCUCUCCCCCGAGCGGCUCUGAUGGCCCCUGGCGAGGAGCAGCCCUGGCCAGUGUUGGUUUCCCUCUUUCCCUCUCUCGUGGCUCUCCCAUGUGGCUUCUCCCGUUUUGCUGCUUGAGCACUGCCCUGGGGGCCCCGGGAUCCCUAGGGAGUAGACUGUGUGCUGGCUGAUUUGUUACCUUAAAGGCAGCUUUACCCAGUUUUCUUGCCUCUCAUGCCUCGUCUCAACCUGGAGACUUGAAGAAGGACAACCACACGCCCGGUGGGUCCCGCAGGGGCCUCUGCCUCUCCUUCCUUUGCCCUCUCCCCUCCCCUGGGCUGGCAGGACUGUGGAGGUUUCCAGGGAGCUGAAAACGAAAUGGAGUCCCUCUCGGGGGAAGAAAGAGCUUUCAGAAGGUGCAUGCAGCCCUGUGGAAGAGGCCAGCUCCAUUUCUCUGGAACCAUGGGCGGGAGGUCUAGGGAAGCACUGCCUCCCUGCCCCGCCAUCCAGAGUGGCCUGUGCCCCGACCUGCUGUGGCAGGAGCCCCGGAGACUGCCGGGUGACCCUGAGCGAGCAGUGGGGCGUGUGAGAGUGGGCCAAGGAUGGCGUGAGGGGGCACUUGGAUUCGAGGCCAUCCUUGCUGAGCAUCCUUGAGCUGCCUUCCAGUGGGGGCAGAAGGGGCCAAGUGCUGCUGAGUUAGCAGCUGCCGGGACCAGCUCUGGGCAGACAGUGGGAGGGUUGCUCGGAGAGGCAGGCGGUGUUGAGCUGAGUCUGCGGCUCUCCCUCUGGGGGCUGGUGUCCCCCGAAGCACAGGGGCUGAAUGGUGUGGACGCUGUUCUCCUGGCCUGGCUCGUUGGGGCCAGGGAGGUCUCUCUUGGUUGGACACUGGCACUUGUGCAGAGAAACAGGUGAUGUGUCACUGGUCAUGGUAUUUUGAAAAGGGGGAAGAGGCCAAAGUUGUUCACGUCUACCUAGUGUUGGAAAAUUUAUGACCGUUUUAGCUGAAUUCUUUUGCAAAUCUACUGUAUGUCUGUUCACUACCUUUUCAGAUUUGUUGUUGUUUUCGGUUUUAUUUUUGCAUGUAGUAAAAAGUGUUAAUUUUGUUGCAGACAAGGUCUAGAGGAGGGGUCAGAGAUCAGGGCUGAACUGGGAGGGAUCCUUUGCAUUCUCAUGGUUGGCCCUGACUUUCAGCUGUGCUGGGACUACUGGCUGGUCACAUCACCUCUCUGCCUCAGUUUCCCCAUCUGUAAAAUGGGAGAAUAAUACUUGCCUACCUACCUCACAGGGGUGUUGUGAGGAUUCAUUCGUGAUUUUUUUUUUUUUUUUUGUACAGAGCUUUUGAGCAUUAAAAGUGGCUAAAUGUGAAGUGCGCUUGGCUGCCUGUCUUUAGUGUGGGUCAGGUGUUACAGAACUGAUGCAAGCUGGGGUCCCUGCUCCUUCAGAGUAAGGGUGGGAGGGCAGGGAGAGCCAAGAGCACCUGCCCGUAGUGCACCUGAUUCUCAGAGAAGGUGGAUUUUCCUGGACGCCUCUCUCCUUCCUUCACAUCCCCAAUCAUGUUUGACCAUCUCACCCUGGAUGCCCACAGCUGACGUGCUGAGCCCCUUCUUGAAGAAAGCAACAU